GGUGGCCGCGGUCAUCGUCGAUGGUUGCCCUCUUGGUGGCUUCUCGCUCAGUUCGGUUUCGUUUGUGUACUCGGUCUUGCAAUUGCACAGAUAAGAUAACUUCAGCUUACUUUGUAUUGGGCACUCGGGUGCUGAGCCCGGGCUUGAAAAGAUAAGCGUUUCGCUUCGGUCAGCAGUGUGCCUCCUGAACAACCGAUGGAUCAAACUUUCUCGUGCGUUAAACGGUGUUCAGAGGUCUUAUCAGCAAUCGUCGAGUUCAAUUCUAUAAAACCAUGAGGCACAGAAGAGCCAUUCGGAUAGUUCGCGAGUUUAGUUAGUGGUAGAAUAAGUUCUGUUCCUGUCUGGAAGUUCAAGAAUCAAGCAAUGGACCACAACCAUGGCGGAGGGGAUGACGAGGAAAUGUUGUGUCCAAUGCAGAUGUCGUUCCACGGGGGCAGCUGUGAGAUAAUUUUGUUUCCAAAGUGGGCCACCACCGAAACGGGACAGUUCGUGGGAGCCUGUUUCGGGUUCUUCCUGUUGGCGCUGCUGUACGAAGCUCUUAAGUUCUCCCGGGAGAUGUUGCGACGAAAGGAACUCAACGCUGGAGGAACGCCGUAUGCGACCAAGACGUUGAGACAACACUUAACGAGCAAAUUCCACAUCCUUCAAUCGGUACUGCAUCUGAUCCAGGUUUCCGUGUCGUACAUUCUGAUGCUGAUUGUUAUGACCUUUAACCUAUGGCUCGGUUUGGCCGUCGUUUCCGGUGCUGCCAUUGGGUUUUUCUUCUUCGGCUGGAUUCGCCAGAGCACUCUGGACCCGAACGAGUGCUGCAAUUGACUACUAGAACCGUUCGACGGAGCUUCGGAUUUAUUCGAACUGAUCGGAGAAGCUUCGUGAUAUUUUAGGUUAGGUAAGGUAACAGCCCCGCAGCACGGCUGCGGGAUAUUGAGAUGAAACCUCCACUUUCGUUAGUUGUAAGAAUAGCAUUUCGCUAUCACAGUUAGAAUUGUUAAUAAAACUGUUUAGGCUUUCAA